AUGAACAAACUGAAGCUAAUUAUUAAGCCAACCUUCUUCAUGCACAAUGCGAAAAGAAACCACCUAAAUUACAAGCUGUAUUUGAAGUAUAAACAAUGGGGGUUUCUGAAGAAGGAAAUUGUUGAUUACUUCAAUGCACAUAGUACGGUAAGCACGGUGGUAGAUGUGCAGGGUAGAUGUUGGGAGAGGUUUAAAAAGAAGGAGCUUGUUCAAGUGCAUGGGUAUAUUCCCGCCAUUAUUUGGAAGUACGGACCGGAGCAACGGAUUUGUAUCGACCACAAGUUGAUUGAUGAGUACGCCUUCGAGGAGGAGGACGGCCACCUGUCUUUGCUGUUCUCCGCGAGGCUCUUCAGAAUUCACAUCGAUGGGAACGUUGUCGAGUGCGUCGUGUCACACGUUGAGACAGAUCCGGUGGAAAAGCACAUAUACUUCCUGAAGUUUGCCAGGGUUGUUAAAAACCAAGUGACGGAAUUAAACAUUCCGUGCAGCAUCGUCGGCCUUAUCGGAUGCCCUGCGUAUGUCAAUGGCUACCACGUCCAGCUAGCGAUGAAUUAUAUAAAAUGCAAAGUGAUAGGGAAUAAUAUUCCCCCCCCUUUCCAAAUUGAUGUAUCGAAGCUAACAUACAAGGAGCCAUACAAUUCGAUUAGGUUGGGGGAGUUAAAGCACCUACUACCGGAUGACGGGAACGUAGUUUUUUCGGAAGAGUAUGAUUUAAAUGAGACGGAAGUGGUGUGGACCUAUGAGCCCGGAAAGAUUCCGGAGACACCCUUGCCAGAGGAUUACAUGGAUCCGAACUUUAUAAACAAGAAGGGGAAACGCAUUCAACUCACAUAUAAGGAUUAUUGGCCUAAGCAAUGA